CCGCCGCCGCCGUCCCGAGACCCCAGCGCACGGCGCGCCCUCCCUCGUGCGCCCCUCCGGCCCCCGCGGAGAACGAGAGGGCAAGCGAGCACGGCGAUCCCGGGCCGGCUCGGCCCCCCCUGUCUUCACCAUCGCCUGCCCUCCGCCGCCUUCCUUCGCUUCCACCUCCACUCCCCCCCCCACAAGUAGAGGCCCCCUCCGGGGGGGGGAGGCCCGGGGCCCGGAGCGGAUUCCCCCAACUCCCUUAGGCCCGCCCCCGCCCGGCCCGAGUGUGAGGAGGGCCCGGGCCGGCCCACGUCGUGAGAGAGGAGGACCCCGGGCGGGCCCGCGGGCCGUCUGGGGCCUGGUCCGGCCCCGCCAGGCGUGUGAGGACAGGGGCCCGGCCCGGCCCGAGGGCGAGAGGAGGGGAGGGGCCUGGUCCGGCCCGGCCGGUGCGCGAGGACUGGGGCCGCGGCCCCGCACGGCCGCCGCCGCCGCCGCCGCCGCCGCGAUGGCCCAGCAGCAGAUGACCAGCUCGCAAAAAGCCCUGAUGCUUGAGCUGAAAUCCCUGCAGGAGGAACCGGUGGAGGGCUUCCGGAUCACCCUGGUGGAUGAGUCCGACCUCUACAACUGGGAGGUGGCCAUCUUCGGACCCCCUAACACCCUCUACGAAGGCGGCUACUUCAAGGCACAUAUUAAAUUUCCUAUUGACUACCCAUACUCACCACCUACCUUCAGAUUCUUGACCAAAAUGUGGCACCCCAACAUUUAUGAGAAUGGAGAUGUAUGCAUUUCAAUUCUUCAUCCGCCUGUAGAUGACCCACAGAGUGGAGAACUGCCCUCUGAAAGGUGGAAUCCUACUCAGAAUGUCAGGACUAUCCUGUUAAGUGUGAUCUCACUGCUUAAUGAGCCCAACACUUUCUCUCCAGCCAACGUGGAUGCUUCAGUCAUGUUCCGGAAAUGGAGGGACAGCAAAGGAAAAGACAAGGAAUACGCCGAGAUCAUUCGGAAACAGGUCUCAGCCACUAAAGCUGAAGCGGAAAAGGAUGGAGUGAAGGUCCCCACAACCCUGGCAGAAUACUGCAUCAAAACUAAAGUGCCUUCCAAUGACAACAGCUCAGAUUUGCUUUAUGACGACUUGUAUGACGACGACAUUGAUGAUGAAGAUGAGGAGGAAGAAGAUGCCGACUGUUAUGAUGAUGAUGAUUCUGGAAAUGAGGAGUCCUGACAAGUUCCUUCAGUGCCCCUGUACUGCCCUGAUGUCUCAGGCCAAAGGGAGGGGAGCAAGUGGGGAUCUACAGCGGCCACUCAGCAAAAACUUACUCAUGGGGUGGGGAAGCAAACAGCCCCUGCUGACUCCCCUUGCGGAUCUCAGUUUGCUCCUUUUUAUGGACCUUUACUGGAGAGGAAGCUCCCUCCACAGAAUGUCUGAAGUCUUGCAUUCUUUCCCUUCCAUCACUGUAUUGAUUCUUUUUUAAAAACAGCCACCACCCCUCAAACUCCCACCUCACCUCAUCUCUGCAGAAUGUUCACAGCAAAACACCUUUGUCUGUUUUUAGAUUCUUGAAGAAUUAGUCUGUUCAGGACAUUGUGUUUGAAGCUGGGAGCCCACUGGGAGUCCACACGUGCUGCAUAUAUUGGGUAGCAAAAGAAAAUGGGAAAAAAAAGAAAAAAAAAAAAACAACAAAACCUAAAAAAAUAAAAAAUAAAAAAAAAGCCCACAAAACAAACUUUAAAAAAAAAAUUAAAAAAAAAGCCAAUUUGCCAAGGGUUAGCUGCUCCUUUCCAUUAGUGCGUGUGCAUUUGUUCAGCCCCGUGGUGGUGAGCUUUGUUUCCUCCCCUCCCUAAGGCUGGGCUGCGGUGGGCAUCAGGGACUUAAUCUUGCUAAGUCUGAUGAAAUGCGCUGCCUCUCUGAGACCACCCAAUGUGGAGGCUGCAGCUACUCUGAGGAGAUAUCAGAUUUUGUUUUUUGGAAUUGAUUGGGAUCUAAAGCCUGAAAUAAAUAUUCAUACUUUACAUAGAACCGA